AUGAAGAUUUCACUCGCAGGGCUCCCGUUGUUUCUAACCGCAGGAGUUGUAGCCGGCUACUCGAACCCCGAGACCUGCACAGGUACCUGCACCAACACACACGACCCCUCCAUCAUUCGCCGCUCUGACGGCACGUACUUCCGCUUCUCGACGGGCAACAAGAUUGCCGUACACUCGGCCCCGGACAUUGUCGGCCCAUGGACUUACUUGGGAGCCGCUGUGUCUGACGGCUCCAUCAUCGACUUGGACGGUAACGACGAUCUCUGGGCCCCAGACGUUCAUCUCGUUGGCGACGAGUACUACCUCUACUACUCAGUGAGCACGUUUGGCUCGCAGAACUCGGCGAUCGGCCUGACGCGCUCAUCUACCAUGGACAUUGGUACCUGGACGGACUACGGUAGCGCCGGGGUGAGCAGUACGUCAGCGAAGGCGUACAAUGCCAUUGACCCGAACCUCAUCGACGUCGACGGAACGUACUACCUCAACUUCGGCAGCUACUGGCAAGACAUCUACCAGGUCGAAAUGAAGGCCACACCCACCAAGUCCACAGGAUCGGCCUCUCAGAUCGCCUUCACGUCCGACUACGAGGUUUUGGAGGGGUCCUACAUGUUCAAGUAUGGCGACUACUACUACCUCUUCACGUCGAAGGGUCAAUGCUGCAGCUACGACACGUCCAAGCCAGCAGCGGGGAAGGAGUACCGCAUCCUCGUGUGCCGCUCCCCCAAGGCCACAGGCGGCUUCGUGGACAAGGACGGCGUGGACUGCACGAACGGUGGCGGCACCGUCGUGCUCGAGUCGCACGACGAGGUUUACGGCCCCGGUGGCCAGGGCGUCUACGACGACCCGACCUAUAGUCCAGUUCUGUACUACCACUACGUGAACACCACGAUUGGCUACGCGGACGGCGACAAGCGCUUCGGGUGGAACUACCUCGAUUUCUCUAGUGGAUGGCCGACUGUGUAG